AUGUCCCCCGCGCUCUCCACCUCCCCCGCCUCGCGCAUCUGUCACCUAACCCCCAACCCACGUCUCCAUCUCCAAUUCUUCCGACACAGCCCCAGCAAAUCCCGCAACCAAGGCUCCUCCGCCCAACAAACCAAUCCUGCUCUCUCCCGCCGCCGUUCCUACUCCACCAGUACCGCCUAUCGCACUCCCUGGGCCGGUCGUCCCGCCUCUGAAAACGCAGGUACGGAUGGACAGACCGAGAAACACAAUGUGCAACAUGAUCAGUCGCAGAAGAGCAAGGAGGAGAGAGUAAAGGGGGAGAGUGGCAGUGUGGGAUUGGAUGAAAAGCCCAGUGGACAGAGUAAAGAUGCGAAGAAGAAGGUGCAGGUGGAGUUUCCGGAGGGGGCGAAGAGAGGCCCGGUUAUUGGAAUGGAGGAUGAGAGGGGUGGAAAAGGUUCUUAA